GUGGUUCCAGUUUGCCAGCAGCAUGAAUUCAGAAAGAGACUCAGAAACGACCUUUGAGGAGGAUUCUCAGCCUAAUGACGAAGUGGUUCCCUACAGUGAUGAUGAAACGGAAGAUGAGCUUGACGACCAGGGGCCUGCGUUCGAACCAGAACAGAACCGAGUCAACAGAGAAGCUGAGGAAACCCGGGAGACCCUCCGAAAAGAUUGUACAUGGCAAGUCAAAGCAAAUGAUCGAAGCUUCCAUGAACAACCUCACUUCAUGAAAACAAGGUUCUUUUGUAUUAAGGAGAGCAAGUAUGCGAAUAAUGCAAUUAAAACAUACAAGUAUAAUGCGUUUUCCUUUCUACCGAUGAAUUUGUUUGAGCAAUUUAAGAGAGCAGCCAAUUUCUAUUUCCUGAUCCUUCUUAUCUUACAGGCAAUCCCUCAAAUCUCGACCCUGGCAUGGUAUACCACCCUGUUUCCCUUGCUUGUGGUGCUGGGCAUCACGGCCAUCAAAGACCUGGUGGACGACGUGGCUCGCCAUAAAAUGGAUAAUGAAAUCAAUAAUAGGACAUGUGAAGUCAUUAAGGAUGGCAGAUUCAAAGUUGCCAAGUGGAAAGAGAUUCAAGUUGGAGAUGUCAUUCGUCUGAAAAAAAAUGAUUUUAUUCCGGCUGACAUCCUCCUGCUGUCCAGCUCUGAGCCCAACAGCCUCUGCUACGUUGAAACAGCUGAACUGGAUGGAGAAACCAAUCUAAAGUUCAAAAUGGCACUUGAAAUCACACACCAGUAUCUCCAAAGAGAAAAUUCACUGACAACAUUUGAUGGUUUUAUUGAAUGUGAAGAACCCAAUAAUCGGCUAGAUAAGUUUACAGGAACACUGUUUUGGAGAAACAGAAGUUUUCCUCUGGAUGCAGAUAAAAUUUUGUUACGUGGCUGUGUAAUUAGGAACACGGAUUUCUGCCAUGGAUUGGUCAUUUUUGCAGGUGCUGACACUAAAAUAAUGAAGAAUAGUGGGAAAACCAGAUUUAAAAGAACUAAAAUUGAUUACUUGAUGAACUACAUGGUUUAUACGAUCUUUGUUGUUCUCAUCCUGGUUUCUGCGGGUCUUGCCAUUGGCCAUGCUUACUGGGAAGCUCAAGUUGGCAAUUAUUCUUGGUACCUCUAUGAUGGAGAAGACUAUACACCCUCCUACCGUGGAUUCCUCAAUUUCUGGGGCUACAUCAUUAUUCUAAACACCAUGGUGCCCAUCUCUCUCUAUGUCAGUGUGGAAGUGAUCCGUCUUGGACAGAGUUACUUCAUAAACUGGGACCUGCAGAUGUACUAUCCUGAGAAGGACACGCCCGCAAAGGCGAGAACCACCACGCUGAACGAGCAGCUCGGCCAGAUCCAUUACGUGUUCUCAGAUAAGACAGGGACGCUCACACAAAAUAUCAUGACCUUUAAGAAGUGCUGCAUCAAUGGGCAAAUAUAUGGAGACCAUCAGGAUGCUUCUCAAAACAGUCAUAGCAAGAUAGAGCAAGUCGAUUUUAGCUGGAAUAUGUUUGCUGAUGGGAAGCUUGCGUUUUAUGACCACUAUCUCAUUGAGCAAAUCCAGUCAGGGAAAGAGUCCGAAGUUCGACAGUUUUUCUUCCUGCUUGCGGUUUGCCACACGGUCAUGGUGGAUCGCACUGAUGGCCAGCUCAACUACCAGGCGGCCUCUCCUGAUGAAGGCGCUCUAGUGAAUGCCGCCAGGAACUUUGGCUUUGCCUUCCUCGCGAGGACCCAGAACACGAUCACCAUCAGUGAAUUGGGAACUGAGAGGACCUACGAUGUUCUUGCCAUUUUGGACUUCAACAGUGACCGGAAGCGAAUGUCUAUCAUUGUGAGAACCCCAGAAGGCAAUAUCAGGCUUUAUUGUAAAGGUGCUGACACUGUGAUUUAUGAACGGUUGCAUCAGAUGAAUCCAACAAAACAAGAGACACAGGAUGCCCUGGAUAUUUUUGCAAGUGAGACUCUUAGAACUCUGUGCCUUUGCUACAAGGAAAUUGAAGAAAAAGAAUAUGAAGAAUGGAAUAAAAAGUUUAUGGCUGCCAGUUUAGUCUCCACCAACCGGGAUGAAGCUCUGGAUAAAGUGUAUGAAGAGAUUGAAAAAGACUUAAUUCUAUUGGGAGCGACAGCAAUUGAAGACAAGCUCCAGGAUGGAGUCCCAGAAACCAUUUCAAAACUCGCAAAGGCUGACAUUAAGAUCUGGGUGCUCACUGGAGACAAAAAGGAAACUGCUGAAAAUAUAGGAUUUGCCUGUGAACUUCUUACUGAAGACACCACUAUCUGCUAUGGGGAAGAUAUAAAUGCUCUUCUUCACACAAGGAUGGAAAACCAGAGGAAUAGAGGUGGAGUCUAUGCAAAAUUUGUACCCCCGGUGCAUGAAACUUUUUUUCCACCUGGUGAAAACCGUGCCUUAAUAAUCACUGGUUCUUGGUUGAAUGAAAUUCUACUGGAGAAAAAGACUAAGAGAAGUAAGAUUCUGAAGCUGAAGUUCCCAAAGACAGAAGAAGAACGACGCAUACGGACACAGAGUAAGAGGCGUCUGGAAGCUAGGAAAGAGCAGCGACAGAAGAACUUUGUAGACCUGGCCUGUGAGUGCAGUGCAGUCAUCUGCUGCCGGGUCACCCCCAAGCAGAAGGCAAUGGUGGUGGACCUGGUGAAGAGGUACAAGAAAGCCAUCACGCUGGCGAUCGGAGAUGGGGCCAAUGAUGUAAACAUGAUCAAAACUGCCCACAUUGGUGUUGGAAUAAGUGGACAAGAAGGCAUGCAAGCUGUCAUGUCAAGUGACUACUCCUUUGCCCAGUUCAGAUACUUGCAGAGACUGUUGUUGGUGCAUGGCCGGUGGUCUUACAUAAGGAUGUGCAAGUUCCUACGAUACUUCUUUUAUAAAAACUUUGCAUUUACUUUGGUUCAUUUCUGGUAUUCCUUCUUCAAUGGGUACUCUGCACAGACGGCGUACGAAGACUGGUUCAUCACGCUCUACAACGUGCUGUACUCCAGCCUGCCCGUGCUCCUCAUGGGGCUGCUUGACCAGGAUGUGAGUGACAAACUGAGCCUCCGCUUCCCUGGGUUGUACGUAGUAGGACAAAGAGACUUACUAUUCAACUAUAAGAAGUUCUUUGUAAGCCUGGUGCAUGGAAUUUUAACAUCGAUGAUCCUCUUCUUCAUACCUCUGGGAGCUUAUCUGCAAACUGUGGGACAGGAUGGAGAGGCGCCUUCGGACUACCAAUCUUUUGCUGUGACCAUUGCUUCUGCUCUUAUAAUAACCGUCAAUUUCCAGAUUGGCUUGGAUACUUCUUACUGGACUUUUGUGAAUGCUUUUUCAAUUUUUGGAAGCAUUGCACUUUAUUUUGGCAUAAUGUUUGACUUUCAUAGUGCUGGAAUACAUGUUCUCUUUCCAUCUGCAUUUCAAUUUACAGGCACAGCAUCAAAUGCCCUGAGGCAGCCAUACAUUUGGUUGACCAUCAUGCUGACUGUUGCAGUGUGCCUGCUGCCGGUCGUCGCCAUACGGUUCUUGUCAAUGACCAUCUGGCCGUCAGAAAGUGAUAAGAUUCAGAAGCACCGCAAGCGGCUGAAAGCCGAGGAGCAGUGGAAGCGGCGGCAGCGCGUGUUCCGCCGGGGCGUGUCUUCGCGGCGCUCCGCCUACGCCUUCUCGCACCAGCGCGGCUACGCCGACCUCAUCUCCUCCGGGCGCAGCAUCCGGAAGAAGCGCUCUCCCCUGGAUGCCGUCAUAGCUGAAGGCGCCGCCGAAUACCGGCGGACUGUGGCCAGCUGACGCACCUGCCACAACAAUCACACACGUACAAAUGUCUAUUUUUUUAUGAAAGGCUCUCAGGACUUUUUUU